AAGAAGUUGGAUUCUUUUCGAGUCACUAGCCUACAGGUCCUCUUGUUACUUAUGUGUCCUCUUCUUCAUGUUCUUCCUGUUCUUUCUUUUUCCUCUUCUUCCAGUUGUAGAAGUGGUAAUAAUAGUAGCAGCAGAAGUAGGAGUUUCGAGCAGGAGGGUCACGUGCAGCCAGACAAAAGCCGAGAUUCCUCCAGUAUCAUCAUCAUACCUUACGGUAUCAUCCUGCCCUUUUCCUUCGGCAGCUGCACAGACGCGCACCCUGCAACGUGCCGCGUCGUGCUCCAGGUAGGUAUGCACGUAUGCAAGAUGCCGCCCGCGCUGUGCCGUAGCGUAACCUGCCCUGUGCAUUCCAAAUUUCUGCUGGACUGGACCCUGUGAAAACGGCAUUUUGAUGGGCAUCUUGAUGGGCGUUUCGAUGGGAGUUUUGAUGGGCGUUUUGAUGGGCAUUUUGAUGGGCAUUCGAUCCUCACCUGGCGUGGCUGGGCAUCCACCUGUGACCUUGGGCAACCCUCAAAAUGGCAUGUGCUUUCCGACUUCCGCCACACCACUGCCGAGCCGACAAUCACCACCAUCGCCGAAUAGUCAUCACCGUCAACUUAUUGUAUAUCGCCGAAUAGGCCGCUUGCCGACUUCACUCGCCUCGUCGGCUUCAUCAUGUGUCAUUACUAUUUGCAUGAGCGAACAACACAUCCCUCCCCAGCAGCUCAUUGUUGCAUGUGCCGGGUCAUCGUGCAUGGGUCGCGUGCCUGAUGACCUCUUGUGGUCUAAACGCUUCGCGCCGACGCUACACUUUACACUUUGCUGUGCCGCAAAAAAAGUGGCCCAGUAUGUAAUUCCCAACAAGAGGCUUUUAAUCCUAGCCAACAUAGCCAAUCGAGGGAAAAAGCUAAAACGGUCUGCUCCUCUGGGAUGGCGCUCUCCCUCCACUGUGAUUCCACUCUUUAAGACGACCUACAGCGCUCCAUCGCCAAUCAUCAAGCGCCCUCCGAACGAGAUUGUGACCUGUCCCAUCCCCGUCACAUCACCUCUGCGCCGUGUGGGCCACAUCCUUCACCUCGCGAAUAACCCUCCGCACUCCACCAUCGAACGCACGAGCGCGGCGCCAUGGUCCAAUAUCGCGCCAUCAACUCUACCUCUCGGCAUGAUUCCGGCCGCAUCGGCGACAUGGACGCCCUGGAGAUGAUGUCCGAGGGCGGCAGCAGCAGCCAUCAUCCGUAUGCGCCGACGCCGCCGCCGAAAGAUGACCCUUAUAGCUACCCUCCUGCUGCACUUCAUCCUGGUGGUGGUCAUCCCGGUGGCAAUGCCGCAGGCGCUCUCGCGAGGAAUACUCAUAUCGAAUCCUUCGCCUGGAAUGACCUGCGCAUAGCCGUCCUCGAUCGCAAGACGCGCAAGUCCAAGGUGCUUUUGACCGAUGUCUCCGGGAUCGUGCAUGCCGGUG